CCUACCUCAUCCUUCCUGAAUCUCCUCCGCCAACUCCGUCUCCCCUUUCCUCCUCUCCUCUCCUCUCCUGUCCUCAACACUUCCUUCUUCCUCCUCUUUCACCUCCAUCUUCUUUGUUGUCUUGUAUCCCCCCACCUCCCUCCUCCUCCUCCUCCUCCUCCUCCUCCCUCCUACCUCCUCCACCAUGGGGUGUGUGUGUGUGUCGUGGGGCUGGUGUCUGCUGGUCCUGGGCCUGGCGCUGGCGUGUGCGUCCCCGUCGGCCGGCUUCACGACGCGGGGCCAGGGGGGCCUACGAGGACGCGUGCAGCGGGACCGACGCAACAUCCGACCCAACAUCAUACUCAUCAUGACCGACGACCAGGACGUGGAACUAGGUUCCCUGCAGGUGAUGAACAAGACGCGUAAGAUCAUGGAGGACGGCGGCACCACCUUCACCAACGCCUUCGUGACCACGCCCAUGUGCUGCCCGUCGCGCUCCUCCAUGCUGACGGGGAAGUACGUGCACAACCACAACACCUACACCAACAACGAGAACUGCAGCUCCCCCUCCUGGCAGCAGCAGCACGAACCGCACUCCUUCGCCACCUACCUCAACAACACCGGAUACCGCACAGCCUUCUUUGGGAAGUACCUGAACGAGUACAACGGCAGCUACAUCCCUCCUGGGUGGCGCGAGUGGGUGGGGCUGGUUAAAAACUCCCGAUUCUAUAAUUACACUGUCUGUCGGAACGGCUACAAGGAGAAGCACGGCGCGGAUUACGCCAAGGACUACUUUACGGACCUGAUCACCAACGACAGCAUUAAUUUCUUCCGCAUGUCCAAGCGCAUGUACCCCCACCGGCCCGUGCUCAUGGUGGUCAGUCACGCCGCCCCACACGGACCCGAAGACUCCGCCCCGCAGUACGCAGAGUUCUUCCCCAACGCCUCGCAGCACAUUACCCCGAGUUAUAACUAUGCCCCCAACAUGGAUAAACACUGGAUCAUGCAGUACACUGGUCCCAUGAGGCCUAUUCACAUGGAGUUCACCAACUUCCUGCACCGCAAGAGACUGCAGACUCUCAUGUCCGUAGACGACUCCGUGGAGAAGAUCUACGAGGCGUUGGUGGAGACUGGCGAGCUGGACAACACCUACAUUAUCUACACAGCGGACCACGGCUACCACAUCGGCCAGUUCGGGCUGGUGAAGGGGAAGUCCAUGCCGUACGACUUCGACAUCCGGGUGCCGUUCUUCGUCAGAGGGCCCAACGUGGAGCCUGGAGCCGUCAACCCCCACAUGGUCCUGAAUAUCGACUUGGCCCCCACGAUCCUGGACAUCGCCGGGCUGGACACCCCCUCCAGCAUGGACGGGAAAUCCAUCCUGAAACUUCUGGAACAAGAGAAAACUGGAAACAGAUUCAAACCCAACAGGAAACCCAAAGUCUGGAGAGACACAUUCCUCGUGGAGAGAGGUAAGAUCUUGCGUAAGAAGGAGGACGGCUCCUCUCUGGUUCCCCACACCAACAGUCUGCCCAAAUACAAGAAGGUGAAGGAGACGUGCCAACAGCCAGAGUACCAGACGCCCUGCCAACAACCGGGACAGAAGUGGCACUGCGUUGAGGACCUGGCGAGCGGCAAGUGGCGCCUCCAGAAGUGCAAAGGGGGCGUCGGCCUCAAGGAGCAGGGUUCCAGGAAGCGGGCGCGCAGCCUGCGUUCCCGUGGCAACGGUCGCCACCACGCGGGGAAUCCCCUGGCCGCCGUGGGAGGCGUGGUGCUCUACGACAACCGGGAGAAGGAGAGCUGCGACUGCGGGCCGGAGCGGAGCGCCUUCAAGCCGGCCAAGGGGGAGAGGGCCCGCGGAGGAGGAGGAGGAGGCCGCCAGUACCAGCACCAGGCAGCAGGGGGCGGUAGCAGCCAACGCUACAGGCCGCGCUUCGUGCACACGCGUCCGGCGCGCUCGCUCUCUGUGGAGUUCGAGGGUCAGAUCUACGACGUGGACCUGCAGGCGGACGACCGCGACGCCAUGAAGCCACGCGCCAUCAGCAAACGCCAUGACGACCAGCCCGCCGCCUACGCCGCCGACCCCGAGGACGCCGACCCCGCCCACGACUUCGGACUGGAGUCGGACGACGGCUCGGAGGAGAUGCUCGCCGACGACACCAACGCCGUGGGCUACCCCAACUCUCUCAAAGUCACCCACAAGUGCUACAUCCUGCUUAACGACUCAGUGCACUGCGAGAGGGAGAUCUACCAGAACUCCAGGGCAUGGAAAGACCACAAGAGCUACAUCGACCAGGAGAUCGAGGCUCUUCAGGACAAGAUAAAACACCUGCGGGAGGUCAGAGGCCACCUGAAGAGGCGUCGGCCUGGCGAGUGUGACUGCGGCAAGAAGAGCUACUUUAGCAAAGCACAAAGGGCCAAGCCAGGGAGGUUGGGGAGAAAGAAUCACCACCUUCACCCCUUUAAGGAGGCGCAGCAGGAGGUGGACGGCAAGACGCUGUACAACGAGAUCCGGAGGAAGAAGAAGGAGAGGAAGGAGAGGAAGAAGGAGAAGGGGAAAGCACACAACUGCAGCCUACCGGGACUCACCUGCUUCACACACAACAACGACCACUGGCAGACUGCCCCCUUCUGGAACUUAGGUGGCUUCUGUGCCUGCACCAGCUCCAACAACAACACCUAUUGGUGUCUUCGCACCAUCAACGAGACGCACAACACACUCUUCUGCGAGUUCGCUACCGGGUUCCUGGAAUACUUCGACCUCAACAACGAUCCGUACCAGCUGUCCAAUACAGUAUUCACGGUGGAUCGCGACAUAUUGAAUCAGUUGCACCAACAGCUGAUGGAGAUGAGGAGCUGUCAGGGACACAAGCAGUGCAACCCCCGACCAAAGGCCUCCGACACAGGGAGUAAAGAUGCCGGAGUCUAUGAGCCACACAGGCGACAGCAGCAGCGAAAGUGGCCCAAGCUGAGGAGACCUGUCCUCUCCCCCCUAACACAGCCCGGAUGGGAGGGACGACAGGGUUAAACUGCCCAACCUGACGGAGGAUUUUGAUUGGCUGGAGCUGGCCGACCUGUACCGCGUGCAGGAGGGCCUUUACGAGCGUCGC